CUCUCUCUCACCAACCGUCACCAGAAUAAAUUUCUCAAAGCAGGCAACCUCUCGCCUCCAAACGAAACCAAAGGCCACAACUCCUCUUUCUUAGCCAACAAUCCUUCCACAAUCAUGAAACUAAAAACUCCACUUGCCUUCAAAUGCAAGAAGCUUCUUUUCAACCCAUGCAGAAAAAUAUUCCUACAAGUAUUCAAAAUCAGAUUCAAGAAGCCACCCUUUAUAAGAAGUACCCUACAUUCCCGUAAACCACACCAAUCCGAUUGCAGAAAAGUCCCCUCCAAGAAAGGCUAGCUACUAGGUUGCUCUCACUAUUUGGUUCAUUGAGAAAGGCCAAGAGAGAUGGACCGACUAAUGACGCUCAAGAGUUUCUCGGAUGCAGGUCAUCAAAGAGCGCCAUUUUCGUCCCCUCUGACACCAGCUUGCGUAAGAACGCAUGGGGGUCAUAAGACAGAGGCUUAUGGACAGAGAGAUGUGGAGUACGCGUGCAGGAGGUUUGAGAAUUAUUUGGUGGAGAUGAUAGUGGAUGAAGGGAAAGUGGUGGAUUUGACGGACGUCGAAGAGCUUCUCCAAUGCUGGAAGGAUCUCAAGUGCCCGGUUUUCAAAGAUUUGGUGUGCAGAUUCUAUGGUGAAUUAUGCAAGGACUUGUUCUCCAAUUGUGAGGAGAACAUGGAUACACCUUAGAGGCUUUCUAUGUGAGAAUUUGUCUUCGAAGCUUGAUUUUUUUUUCUUAAUAUCCUUCUUUGCAGCUUCUGUAUACCGGGUCAAAAUACUCGUCCAUUACAGAACCACAUACUCCCCGAUUGAAUCAGGGAAGUAUGAAUUUAUCCUUGUCAAUCCUUUCCAUCCCCUAAAAUAACAUACUGAAUGGUUCACAGAGCAA